GGGAAGCUGCCUACCCCUGUGUGGGCGCGGACACUGGGGACUCUGGCUUCCGGUGGUUCGGCCACCUGAUUCAGUUUAUGCUCUGUGAGGGGAGUUGGAGUGUUGGCAGGACUGGCCCACCUGCAGGACUGCAGGACUGCGGGAACGGCGGUAGAUAGGUGCUCUCCUUCCCAGUUUGUCCUGGGAAGACAUUCAAGAACUGUUUCAUUACAAGGGGCAUUUGGAAAACAUACUUCACCUUCUGCUGUGUAUUAGCCAAGAACAAGGUGUGACGUGACUUCCCAAUUAUUGGGGAUCCCUUUGUCCCUUCUUGAAAUUAGAUGUCUUCAUUCUUGAGGUUUUGCCUGGAUGACCUCAGCACAAUUGGUACAAAACCUGGGCCAACGGUUUCCUAGUUUCCUGGUUGUUGCCUUAAGCUUCUCGCCCAUCAGGUACCUUCCUGUCCUUUUCAUAGCCUGUCAUCAUCAUCCCAGAAAACUGUUUCAACUCCUACAGCUCUGGACAGGCUGCUUUUCAUUUUGGUGGGUCCAUCCAAUACCUCCACUUGCCCUGUUUUUCUCCAGCCACAUCCUUGGCCUCUUCCACAGUCCUUAGAUUUUUGAAACAUGAAUCCUUCACUCCUCCUGGCUGCCUUUUGCCUGGGAAUUGCCUCAGCUGCUCUAACACGUGACCACAGUUUAGACGCACAAUGGACCAAGUGGAAGGCAAAGCACAAGAGAUUAUAUGGCAUGAAUGGAGAAGGAUGGAGGAGAGCAGUGUGAGAGAAGGACGUGAAGAUGAUUGAGCAGCACAAUCAGGAAUACAGCCAAGGGAAACACAGCUUCACAAUGGCCAUGAACGCCUUUGGAGACAUGACCAAUGAAGAAUUCAGGCAGGUGAUGAAUGGUUUUCAACACCAGAAGCACAGGAAGGGGAAACAGUUCCAGGAACGCCUGCUUCUUGAGAUCCCCACAUCUGUGGACUGGAGAGAGAAAGGCUACAUGACUCCUGUGAAGGAUCAGGGUCAGUGUGGCUCUUGUUGGGCUUUUAGUGCAACUGGUGCUCUGGAAGGGCAGAUGUUCUGGAAAACAGGCAAACUUAUCUCACUGAAUGAGCAGAAUCUGGUAGACUGCUCUGGGCCUCAAGGCAAUGAGGGCUGCAAUGGUGGCUUCAUGGAUAAUCCCUUCCGGUAUGUUCAGGAGAACGGAGGCCUGGACUCUGAGGCAUCCUAUCCAUAUGAAGGAAAGGUUAAAACCUGUAGGUACAAUCCCAAGUAUUCUGCUGCUAAUGACACUGGCUUUGUGGACAUCCCUUCACGGGAGAAGGACCUGGCGAAGGCAGUGGCAACUGUGGGGCCCAUCUCUGUUGCUGUUGGUGCAAGCCAUGUCUCCUUCCAGUUCUAUAAAAAAGGAAUUUAUUUUGAGCCACGCUGUGACCCUGAAGGCCUGGAUCAUGCUAUGCUGGUGGUUGGCUACAGCUAUGAAGGAGCAGACUCAGAUAACAAUAAAUAUUGGCUGGUGAAGAACAGCUGGGGUAAAAACUGGGGCAUGGAUGGCUACAUAAAGAUGGCCAAAGACCGGAGGAACAACUGUGGAAUUGCCACAGCAGCCAGCUACCCCACUGUGUGAGCUGAUGGAUGGUGAUGAGGAAGAACUUGACUGAGGAUGGCACAUCCAAAGGAGGAAUUUAUCUUCAAUCUACCAGCCCCUGCUGUGUGGAAUGCACACUUCAAUCAUUGAAGAUCCAAGUGUGAUUGGAAUUCUGAUAUUUUCACACUGGUAAAUGUUACCUGUAUUUUAAUUACUGCUAUAAUCAAUAAUACAUGUUUGUAUUAUUGAUUCACUUACUUUGUAUUUUCAUUUUAAAAGGAUAUAUACAAUUUUACCUGUUUAAAUAAACUGUAAUUUCAAAUGUA